AUGCUGGAGAUCAAGCGAGAUCGGCAGCAAGAGAUCUCGCGAGAGUGCGAGUCUCCGCUGAAUAGGAAUGGGAAAAACAAGUCACGAGCGUUAUCAUGGCCGUUGAACAAGAACCUGAGGAAGUCCAAAAAAAGGAAAGGAACUGGCAAAAUUAAAGCAAGCAUGAAAAGACUAAAAUCAGAGAUGGAAAAGAUUGGCGAACAACAGAAACGUAUUAAAAAAGGGCAAAUGGAAAUCAGAGAGAAGUUCGAAGAGAUUGAAUUUGAAUGCAAUCAACUUAUAAAGGAAAUAUUACUUAUAUCACAACAAGCUGUGCUAAAUCAACAACGCCUGAAUCUAAUGUUCAAAAUCGUUAAAGCACAAGAAGACAAAAAUUUUUCUGGAGCUGACAAACUUACUCUACGUCUUCAUUUAGUUCUGCCUCACUCUAGUUAA